AUGGUAGAACUUUUAACAAAACAACAAAUACGUAAUGCUGCUCAACGUCAGUUCAACGGGGUUAAAGAAGGAGAAAAAGUUACAAAAAAAAUGGCUUAUGAAAUGUUGGAAAAGAGCUUUCCUGACGAAUCUCCUAGUAGAUUACAUCAAUUAGCGCAGGAAGCUGAUAAAGAUAGUACGCAUGAAGUGAUUCUAGAAAAUUUUAUGGUUAUCGUCGAUUUUUUAUUGAACGAAGAAAAACAACCUAAUGAUGAUGAGUUUCCUGAUGAUGAAGAAAUUGAUCAACAUAUACAAGCCCAGAUCGAACAUUACGACGACCUGAUACGACCGUAA